UAGCACUGUUAUUUUCUUUCAGGUGCUCCACUCCAGGAAGUUCUUCUCCAAGGGAGAGGUCAUAGGAUGGUUCAAGAUGGAUUUGGCGACACUUUUCAGAGCUCCCGAACACCAGUUUUACCACAAGUGGGCUCUCCUGACUGACCCUGACGAUAUCACUGGUGGACCCAAAGGUUACCUGAAGUGCGACAUCUGCGUCGUGGGCAAGGGCGACGCCAUCAAGGCGCCCCUCAGGAACGACAGGGACGAGGACGACAUCGAAGGCGCUGAUCCUGAGGGGAACCUCCUGCUGCCUGACGGAGUGCCAGCCGAGCGCCAGAGGGCCAAGUUCAUCGUGAGGGUGUACCGAGCCGACGGGCUGCCCAAGAUCAACUCCUCCAUCAUGGCCAACGUGAAGAAGGCCUUCACGGGAGACUCCAGAGACCUCGUAGAUCCUUACGUCCAAGUCUCCUUCGCGGGCCUCUCUGGACGGACGAGCGUCAAGAAGAACACCUCGUGCCCGACCUGGAAUGAGCAGAUCGUCUUCACGGAGAUGUUCCCGCCGCUGUGCCAGAGGGUCAAGAUCCAGGUCCGGGACAACGACGCCGUCAACGACACUGUCGUCGGCACCCACUUCCUUGACCUCACCACCGUCUCCAACGACGGUGACAAAGGGUUCCUGCCUACGUUCGGACCGGCCUAUGUGUACUUGUAUGGGUCCACGCGAGACGGGGCGGUGAUGGACGAGCACGCUGCUCUCAACGCCGGUCUGGGGGAGGGCAUCGCUUACCGCGGACGCAUCCUGCUCUCCGUCAGGUGUCAGAUCACAGACCUCUUGGACGUGGCCCCUUCGGAGGUGGAGGUAGAGAUAACCCUUCCCAUACAGGAGAGUAACUAUGGCAAGAGUGAAGAGUUCCUGCUCUUCACCUCGGUGCACGAGGCUACGAUGAUCGAGAAGCGAGUCAGCGACAAGCCUGUCACCUUCGAACUCUCCAUCGGCAACGCUGGCAACUCCAUCGACAGCUGCUCUUCCGCUCGACCCUCAAGCGACGAUGAGAGCGAUGGAGACUCAGGUCCGGAGUCUAUCAUCGCAGAGACGUCCAUGUGGCAGUCCACGACGCCGCCCGCCAAGCCUAUGACCAAUGACAAGACCUACUACUUCCUCCCCUUCUGGGACGACAAGCCGUGUCUCUACGUGCGCGCCUUCUUCCAAGACCACAGACGGCGCCUCUACAACUCCAACUUCAUCGACGGCAUCGCGGCCAAACUGGAGGAGGGCCUGUCGGAGGUGUCGUCCCUGCUGGAGGAGGAGGACGGGAGCGCUGAGCAGCGUCUGAAGGAGGUACUGGAGGAGCUGGUGUCCGGAUGCGGUCACUACAUGAGCCUGGCCCGAGGCUACUCUUCGGGGUCCUCCGGAGGAAGGACUAAGCUGGAUAAGGAGCGCAUGAGACUCUGCCAGAGAGAGAUGGAUCAUCUGGGCAGCUCAGCGAGACACACCAAGGCGCUGCUCACCAGACACAGCCUGAGGGAGCGCUACAAGACUGCUCACUCCUACUUGGCCAAGCUCAAGGGCCUUAUUGAUGACCCCCAGCACAGCCUGCCAGAUGUGUUCGUGUGGAUGAUCAGCGGAGGCAAGAGAGUGGCAUACCAGCGUCUACCAGCCAGACAUCUUCUCUUCUCCCCCGUGCAGGAAGAGAAGGGCAGACACUGCGGCAUCACCCAGACCCUCUUCCUUAAGUUGCCAGGGCGGAAGUCUAGUGGCCCCGGCGGCUGGGCCAUCCAGGCCAAGCUUCAGGUACACAUGUGGUUGGGUCUGAUGAAGCACAAGAAGAACCUGGUGCCCGGCAUCCCCAAGGGCUACGAACUCAGCUACGAACUCAGGAACAUAGAGCGGAGCCUCACUCUGCCCCCCGUCUCUCUCCACUACACUCAGAAGCAGACGUUCCAGCUGCGUGCGCACAUGUACCAGGCCCGCUCCCUCAUUGCGUCAGACUCCUCUGGCCUGUCGGAUCCCUUCGCCAGAGUCAUCAUCGGGGAGCACUGCCGCGUCACCCAGGUGAUUGACGAGACUCUGAGCCCGACCUGGGACGAGAUGCUGGUCUUGGACGACAUCCUGGUCUAUGGCACCAAGGAGGAGAUCAAGGCGGGGCCGCCCCUGGUCGUUAUCGAGAUCUUCGACCAAGACAAUGUGGGCAAGUCCGAGUUCAUUGGGCGAGCGCUGGCCCGCCCUCACGUCAAGCUGCGGGAGGAGCCCUACGAGCGGCCGCACCUGCAGUGGCACGACCUCUACCGCGGCACCGACCACGCCGGCGAGCUAUUGGCCACCUUCGAGCUCCUCCAGUUCCAGGACGGUGAGGAGAACGGGGAUGUGUUGGCGGUGCCCCAAGCCAAGGAGCACCACUGUGGGGACUCUGGGCCCAUCCUGCCCGUGCCCCGGGGCAUCAGGCCCACCCUGGCCAAGUACAGACUCGAGGUGCUGUUCUGGGGCUUGAGGGACCUGAAGAGGAUCCACCUCCUGACGGUGGACAGGCCUCGGGUGGACGUGGAGGUCGCCGGUCACAUCAUCCAGUCAGCCGUUCUCACCUCCGCCAGGAAGAACCCCAACUUUACCAACCCCGUCAAGUAUAUCGAUCUGGAGCUGCCGGAGCAAGAACUAUACUGCCCGCCCAUCACCAUACGAGUGGUGGACUGUCGCAGCUUCGGUCGCUUCACGCUGGUGGGCACCCACAUCAUCUCCAGCCUCCACAGGUACAUGUGGACCCCCGUCACCAAGAGGGCCAGGGAGGCUGCUCUGCGCAACGCCCUCGCCGCCCAGCUCCAAGGAGCCGAGGAUCACAACAACGACCCAACUAACAACGUCGUCGUCGCCAACAACGUCCACGGGGAUGGUGGAGGCAGAGGGGGCAGCGUGUCCUUCAAGAGGGAGAGCGAGCGGAGUCCCCUCCUGCAGAAGGACACUAUCAUCACCAUCGACUAUGUGGGUGGCUCGGGCGCUGUGUCAAAGCUGGUAUCGGUGGCGAAGAAAGAGAAGGCAGAGAUGAACAAGAGGAGGAAGCAGAGCAUAGAUGUGGAAGAAGACGACGAGGAGAACAGGGACUGGUGGACCAAGUACUUCGCCUCCCUGGAAGCCGUCGUCUUGCAACAGCAAGAAGACCGGAACGCCAGGGAGCGGGGGGAGAAUGCCGACGGAGAGCAGACGCAGACGCAGGAAGGGCAGCGGGAAGCGACGGCGGAAAGGAAGAAGCACAGCACCUUCAAGGGAACGUCGACGGCGGCCAAGCUGGCGGCUAAACUCAGUCCAAAGACCCAGCGAAGGAAACGGAAGGCUAACAUUGCCGUUCUCAAGGUGAUCCCGGGCGAACUGGAGACAGAGUUCAACGGGUUCCGAGAGUGGCUGCACACCUUCGAGCUGUACAGGGGAAAGAAAACGGGAGAUGAACUCGAAGACGAAGGCCGGGUUGUUGGCAAGUUUAAGGGGUCGCUGAAGCUGUACCGUUGGCCCCUGCCGAAGGAUAUCGACGACACCACCAUCACCGGCGGUGACCCCCAGUACGGGUUCUUCCAGGGUCUCCCCUCUAACGAUCCCAUCCACGUGCUGGUGCGGGUGUACGUGGUCCGUGCCUGCGACCUCCAUCCCAUGGACCUCAAUGGGAAAGCCGACCCUUACAUCGUGGUACAGCUUGGGGGCAAGAAGGUGUCGGACAAGGAGAACUACAUCUCCAAGCAGCUCAAUCCCGUCUUUGGCAAGUGCUUCGAGGUGGAGGCGACCUUCCCUCAGGACUCCAUGCUGACGGUGCAGGUGCUCGACUGGGACCUGGUGGGCUCGGACGACAUGAUCGGAGAGACUAAGAUCGACCUUGAGAACCGCUUCUACUCCAGACACCGCGCCACCUGCGGCCUCGCCACGAGAUACGAGACGACUGGUUACAACCAGUGGCGGGACCCCAUGAAGCCGACGCAGGUGCUGGCACGGCUCUGCAAGGAGGGUAGACUCGACGGACCCCACUACGGCCCCUGCAAGGUGAGGGUCGCUAACCGCACCUUCACCGUCCAGAACGACGACGAACACGACCCCAACAGAGGCAGAUUUCUGGUGAGCGAGGAGCAGCUGGCCCUAGCAGUGCUACACCGCUGGGAGGAGGUGCCAAGGGUGGGAGCCCGCCUAGUGCCCGAACACAUCGAAACCAGACCCCUCUACAACCCAGACAAGCCAGGCAUUGAACAGGGAAAAGUUGAGAUGUGGGUGGACAUGUUUCCUAUGGACAUGCCUCUACCUGGACCUCCACUGGAUGUGACGCCUAGAAAGCCCAAGAGCUACGAGCUGCGGAUCAUCAUCUGGAACACUGACGACGUGGUCCUCGAGGACGACGCCUUCUUCACCGGAGAGAAGAUGUCCGACAUCUACGUCAAGGGAUGGCUGAAGGGCCCCGAGGACACCCAGUGCACAGACAUCCACUACCGCUCCCUUACCGGCGAGGGAAACUUCAACUGGAGGUUCGUCUUCCCCUUCGAAUACCUGGUGGCCGAGGAGAAGAUCGUCAUCAGUCGCAAGGAAUCGCUCUUCUCCUGGGACGAGACCGAGUGCAAGAUCCCAGCCCGACUCGAGCUCCAGGUGUGGGACGCGGAUCACUUCUCAGCUGACGACUUCCUGGGUGCCAUCACCCUGGAUCUGAACCGCUUCCCGCGGGGUGCCAAGAACUCCAAGAUGUGCACCCUUGACAUGCUGAAGACGGACGGCACCGUGCCAAUGGUCAACAUCUUCAAGCAGCGCCGGGUCAAGGGCUGGUGGCCCUUCUACAUCAAGCGGGAGAACGAGGAGAUGGAGCUCACGGGGAAGGUAGAGGCCGAGAUUCACCUCCUGACCAAGGACGAGGCUGAGAAAAACCCCGCGGGACUUGGAAGGAACGAGCCAGACCCCCUGGAGAAGCCCAGCCGGCCGGAUGCUUCCUUUAUGUGGUUCCUCAACCCUCUGAAGAGCAUCAGGUACAUCAUCUGGCACAACUACAAGUGGGCCAUCAUCAAGCUCCUCGUCUUCUUCGCUCUCACCAUCUUCUUCGUCCUCUUCUUCUACUCCGUGCCGGGCUUCACUGUCAAGAAGAUCAUCGGGGCGUAAUGCUGGACAAGGAUAAAGUCUUGUCUCAUCCUUACCCGCUUCUUCAAUCCCACCCGAACUCUCUCUCAACCUUCUCCUUCAAUCCCAACAAUCUCCCUCAGUCGAUCAGCUACCCCCAACCCUGCCCACACCUACCCUCUCCCCAGUAGUGGAAAUUUUGUGACACUACACAAGUAUACAAGCAAAAGAACUCUACAGAACUCCUCUGUCAUUUCUAUGUACUACCUAUCUGUACCUUGUAGGUUUAUAUCAAGACGAACAUUCGAACUUAAUUCGCGAUCAAAGCUUCGGGUUCCUUUGCUCAUACUGAGUGGGAAGGGAGACGAGAGGCGUAGAGCAAGCCGCUGGCUCUAAAUACUUUGCCCACAACACCUUGUCUUAAUACUUAGCGUUAGAGUAACCGGAAACUGCAAGAGAUGAAGAAACAUCUCAACGAAAGACAUUCGAAAUGUCAUAAAGAGAAUUGCUUCUUAUUUUGACGUCAAGGCCGCCUCAGUGUCGCCAAGAUAAACGUGGCCGGGACGUGAUCAUCAACUAUUAUGGACUAGCAUUUGUCUGUGUGAAUAACUGUCAUCUCUGACAUUCAUCUGUGAUACUAUAACUAUUUGUACAUGCUUGUUCAUUUACGUUUUAAUAUAAAGAAAUGGCCCUGAAUUCCGGUUACCCUUUCCCACAGUCUAGGGUUGCCACUUCCCCCGAGACCCGACCCUCUUCCAGAGCCUCUCAUCAUCACCUCUUCUCCUUCUAGCGCCUUCCGUUACCUGGGACCUCCUGGUGGCUCCUCCUGACACCUGGUCCAUCCCGGAGGCUUCUCCUGAUACUCAGUCCCUUAUUGUAGGCGCUUCUUAAUACUCGGUCUCUCUUGAAGGCACCUACAAAUAUCUUUCUUCCCUUGAUUGGGCCUUCACAGUCCUUACCCGCCCUCCACCCCCUCACAUCUCCAAAUUCAAUACACAUUUCAGGAGAAAAUGUCACUAAUACGCAGCUGGCAUUCUUCCUAACCAGCUGAGCAGAUAGUAUUAACCAGUCGAGCCCUACCAUCCACCUGGGUAAUACUUCGCAUGUCGAGCGAGUACCAGUGUCGAGUAUGUAGGGUAAUAUCGUCGACAUCGACACUGAAAAAUACUUACGCUCUCGUGUGUGUGUACUUCGAGGCUGCGCUGGGGGAUUAUUUUAGAACUAGUGUAUACGGCUAUGUUGGAAAAAUAUAUUUUGGAGUUUAUUAUGUACUUGUAGUAUCACAGGCUGAAGAGUGAUCAUGAAAUAUUUACUGUAUACCUCGGUACACUUUGUUCCACCACCACCUCGUAUAUACUUUCCUUCUAUACAUAUUCCCGUUUCAUCACUUCAUACACUGUAGGCUAGUUUAAAUUACUUUCCCAUAUAUAUAUAUAUAUAUAUAUAUAUAUAUAUAUAUAUAUAU